CAGCUGCUUACCUCCAAUACACACUGGUCAUUUAGCGGGCCACAGGGCGUUUCAACUGUUAAAUGGGGCAUUUUGUUAUUUAACUAUUUACGGUUUGUGCUGGGAAAAGAGUUUUUCACCCGGUUCCUAACCUUUAUUCUGAAGAAGUAUGACCGGAAAUAUUAUUCCUGGGUUUCCGUCGUGUAUUUAACGCCUCAGACAGUGAUUAGACGAUGGACGAGUAUCAAACAGAAGAGGAGACUGCGUUCGUCGUUGAAGAAGUGAGCAAAAUAAUUAAAGAGUCAGUGGAAGCAGCCAUUGGAGGAAAUGCCUACCAGCACAGCAGAGUAAACCAGUGGACCACCACUGUAGUGGAGCAGUGCCUCAGUCAACUCAGCAAGCUGGGGAAGCCUUUCAAAUAUAUCGUCACCUGUAUCAUCAUGCAGAAAAAUGGAGCAGGCCUGCAGACAGCCAGCGCCUGCUUCUGGGACAACUCUACUGAUGGAAGCUGUGCAGUGAGAUGGGAGAACAAGUCCAUGUACUGUAUUGUCAGUGUUUUUGGCCUGGCCAUCUGAACAAUGUGCCUUUAAGUGUGUAGGAUUUUGUAUUUUUGAGAACCUUCAUGUUAUCUUUGUGUUUGUUGGGAGUAUUUAAAUAACCAGUUUUUAUGUCAAAUGCAAUUGAUUAAAACAAAUACUACGCUGUA